CAUGUGUCAAUCAGUCUAUUGCUUUAGCUAUAACUCAAAAACGAGAGACGACAUAAAAAGGGAUUAAGUUUCUUCGUCUUCUUCUUCAUCCAUUGUUGUGGAUUAGGGUUGAGAUUCCGAAUCUCAAUGUCGAUCAAUAUCGGAGAAAUCUCGGUUCCAGACCUCCCAGUCUUCUUCUCCAUGUUCUUAACCAUUUACCUAAUCGCUUACUUCAUCGCCUUCCGCAAUUGGAAACCACAAAUCCGUCCCGAAGCUUCUAGCUGCCUGAUCUCAAUCUUCCACGGAACACCAGCCGUUUUCCUCGCCACACGCGCCGUCUUCUCCUCCUCCUCACGCACCUUCGCCUCCGCCAACACCGCCUCCCAAAACACCGUCCUCGAUUUCAGCGUCGCUUACUUUCUCACCGAUCUCCUCCACUACAUCGUAUUCAACCCAAGCGACGUGCUCUUCAUCGGCCACCACUUAGCCACUCUCUUCGUCUUCCUCACGUGCCGGUUCCUCGUCUUCCACGGGGCUUGCGCAAUCUUAGGCCUAUUGAUCCUAGCGGAAGUCACGAGCGCCUGUCAGAACGCGUGGACGCUCGCCGGAGCUAGAAAGAGCGAUCCGGAUUCACGGUUAGCCGUAAAAGUGUACCAUCUCUUGUCACCUCCGUUUUACGCCUUCUACAGUAUCGUUAGGGGUGUGUUGGGACCUUUGUUUUUCGUGAAAAUGGUGUCGUUUUACGCUAGAGGUGGUGCUCAUGGUGUGAUACCUAAUUGGUUGUGGGUUUCUUGGGCUAUUGUUGUUGGAACUGCUAUUACUGUUAGUAUACUUUGGAUUUGGAACCUCUGGAUUGAUUUGUUUAGAGAAAGGAAAGCUAACCAACUAGGACAUGACAAGAAAAUUAGAUAGCUUUCUUUCUUCUCUCUACAUCAUUGUUUGAGCUUCCUUUCUCAUAUGUACUAUAUAAUAUAUAUAUCAUUAUUGUUUUCACCUUUUAGAAUUCUCUUUACAUUAUGUAUGUUUUGCUUUUGGUGUGCAAAAUGCACUGUUUAAUUCAUCUCUGUAUUGUUCACUUGUUUAUCUAAGAGUUGCUACCUAUUGACUCUUUGUGUUUACAGACUAGUGUAAUAUUGUUCAUAAUCAUAACACCUUGUAAACGACACUGAUUGCCUUAGACUUGCUACUACAACAGAUCUUAAAAUUCGUGGUGGAUUGAAGUGACAUUUCCUUAUUAUUACAGUUUUAGUCAUGUCAAACACUUGCAUUGCGUCGCAUCAAUUCAGAUAUGCUCAUAGGCGACAUUAGGAGUAUAUGCGGAUUUGUGUUUCAUUCAAUUGAUCAUUUUCAGAAUGACUCCGGGGGUUAAAGGUUAUGAUAUAUCUGGUAGCUUCCCAAGAGCUGCAUAGCAUGUUAUUGUUAGCCACAAUAAAUAAGUCACUCUGAGGUUUUGUUGUGUGCUAUGAGGAUGUCUUGUGUAACCCUACGAGCGGAAAGGGGAAGUAGAAGAAAGCUACAACCAUCAUAAGCAGCAAGUACUACUUUCCAACACCAUGUCAUAGCUUUGCGUAAGCAAAAGCCGUCUCGCGCAACUCACUGAAAUAGCUUAAAAACUUCCUUCACAGAAGAUAUGACGCACAAACAAGGCAGAGAAGGUUGGAUUACAUUACAGACAUGACAGAAGCGGACUGAAGAGACACCUGUGAUGGAAUUCAAGUUGUUGAGCUGGGAAAACCAAAGUGGGAGGAGGCAAAGAUGAAAAUGAAAUCUCAUGUGGCCUUUAUGAGAAGCAAGGUCACAGUCUCACAGAUCUUCUUCAGGUAUUGUCCUCCUGCGAGUGUGUGACCAUGCACACACGGAUUUCAACAAGAAGUUGCUGCAACGCAAUUAUGUAAUUUGAACCAGCUCAUGGAACCGGUCGAACCACCACCCUACAAACAUUUGUCCUUCCGACUUAGUUGCCAACUUUUCAUAACGUUUA